AUGGGCACUCUCGGCUUCCUCAACGAGUGGAAGUUUCCAGAGCAUAAGAGAGCUUUCAGAGAGCUUUACAUGUCCGGUGCGCCCUCUUCUCGACAUUCCAUACUCUCUCCCGAACAGGUCGCAUCCUCACCUGCUGUCUCCCAACAUGCUGUCCAUACAAUUCAAUCGAAAGAAGGCUGGCCACCAAACCUAGGCGCCUCCCUGGGCCCAACCCGCGCAGCCCGCGUCCUCCUCCGCAACCGCCUCCGUGUCGCAAUAACAUCACCCGACAGAGAAGUCAUAACGCCUCCUGCCCUCCACGCCCUAAACGAAGUCAUCCUCCACCGUGGCGCCUCCCCACACCUAACACACCUUACAAUCUCCAUAUCUGGCCGCAUUUUGACGUCCACAUCAGCCGAUGGCCUCAUAAUUAGCACGCCUACAGGAUCGACUGCGUAUUCGCUAAGUGCGGGGGGAAGUAUCGUGCAUCCGUUAGUCAAAGGCAUAGUGAUAACGCCAAUAUGUGCGCGGAGUCUGAGUUUCAGACCACUAGUAUUACCGGCAGAGGCAGUCGUUGAAGUCACAGUCAGCGGCAGGGGAAAACAGGGUGUAGGCGUUAGUAUAGACGGAAAGGACCAGGAAAAAGGGGUGGGAUCUGGCAUGGGAUUGAGAGUUUGGGGCGAGGGUGUAGGGAGGAAAGGGGAAUUGGGAGAGAAAGGGGAGGGUUGGAUGGGAGCACAUGUGAAGCGUGAGCAGCAUCUGGUGAUGCACUGCCAUGAGUCGAUGCCGAGAAGCGCCACCAACUCCGGUUCAAAAUUGGUCGUAGCAAACGUGUCAUUGAAGCCAUGA